GGCCGAUGAGGUCAAUCAUUCCCCCGACGUCCGCCAUUUCAGUUUUUUGGAGUUAACAGUUGGAUGUUGGGCGAAAGAGGUUAUAUUUUAAACUAAAAAAGUCGGCUGUGUGGAGGAGCCGUAACAGUUUAGAGUCAGUUCUGCUAACUUAGGGCCGCUUUCGGAGCGCCGUUUUCCGCGGAGUUUGGGGCGGCUGGGUCGAAGCUAACGCUAAGCGGUCCGAGGCGGCUCCGAUGCUGCUGGGCUUUUUCUCGGAGCGUGCUGCGCUGCUGGGAGCCGAAGUUUUUUUUUGCAUGAGUUGAAGUGAGGCACACGGACUGACUGGGAGAGGCAGAGGCAGGCCUGAGCUGAGGAAGAGCCCCGGUGUGGAAGAACAGAGUCAUGGCUGGCAAUUUUGACGCCGAGGACCGCGGGAGCUGGUACUGGGGAAAUAUGAGCAGAAAGGACGCCGUGGCUCUGCUGCAGGGCCAGAGACACGGGGUGUUUUUGGUCAGAGACUCGACCACCAUCAAAGGAGACUAUGUGCUCUCCGUCUCUGAAAACUCUAAAGUCUCCCAUUAUAUAAUCAACAGCAUUAGCAACAACCGGCAAUCCGGAUCAGGUUUGAUGUCUCCACGCUUCCGUAUCGGGGACCAGGAGUUCGACACUCUUCCAGGCUUGCUGGAGUUCUACAAGAUCCACUACCUGGACACCACCACGCUUAUCGAGCCUAUCAACAGAUCCAAGCAUGCCAGCUUCAUCAGCGUGGCGCCUGCUGGCACUCCCCAGAGGCAGGAAGAGGCAGAGUAUGUGCGUGCUCUCUUUGACUUCCCUGGCAACGAUGAGGAGGACCUGCCGUUCCGCAAGGGCGACGUGCUGCGGGUUCUGGAGAAGCCUGAGGAGCAGUGGUGGAACGCCCAGAACAGCGAGGGGCGUGCUGGAAUGAUCCCUGUACCCUAUGUGGAGAGAUACCGGCCUGCUUCACCCACCUCCAUUGGGGGGGCUCCUGUGGGACAGGCAGUCCUGGGGACCCCUGCGGAUGGCAUUGGAGCUCCAGUCCCCACAAAGCUGGACUACGCCCAGCCUGUGGUCAACACUCCUCUACCCAGCCUGCAGAAUGGGCCAGUGUACGCCAGAGCCAUCCAGAAGAGAGUGCCUAAUGCCUACGAUAAGACUGCCCUCGCUUUAGAGGUGGGCGACAUGGUGACGGUGACGAAAAUCAACGUGAACGGCCAGUGGGAGGGAGAGUGCAAGGGCAAGAAAGGCCAUUUCCCCUUCACACACGUCCGCCUGCUUGACCAGCAACAGCCUGAGGACGAAAGCUGAGGCACACGUGUACUUGCACACAUACACACAAACACGCUGCAGUUUUUCACGCUCUGCCAUGACUGAUCCAAUCAUUACAUCCGUACAAAAUUGCUCGAGCUAAAAUUGAUCUAACCUGGGUGUUUGACCACAUCAGUAUUCAACUACCCUGACAUCUUCCUUAUGCAAACACAGAUAUAAGCAUAGGUUUCCCACUUAUUCACACUUUCAUGUAACAAUAGAGUUGACACACAUCUGCCCUACAUAGACAAGGACCACACGCUUCAAUAGAGUCACAUGCGUAACAACUAGCCACUAACGGCUUUCCCUCCUUCUUAAGACUGUUGUCCGAAAACCAGAGCGGUAGGAACUCUUGGAACAAAAGAGCGGGCAAUGCCCUCUGACUGCUGACGGAAAGAAAAAAGAAGAGACAGCACUACUUGAACUGUCUCUUGUCCCAUAGACUGUGGCUAGGCUUGCACUGCCCUCCUCUGGAAGUCUACAGCACCCUUACUUGGGUCCAGCCAACACUACCAGUCAAGCUCUGGUCCUCUUUUUGUACUGAAAUGGAAAAUAUUAUGAUGGAAAAAUAGACAUAUAUAUUAUGUACCAUUACAUGCUAAAUAUUAUGCCAGUUACUUAUUUUAAUAUUUGAUUUAUAUUUUACCCUGUGUAUCAUGUCUGAUGACCACGCUGGUGACUAAAUGCAUUUCCAGACGACGUGUUCUGGAAUAAUGUUUGCAAAUAGGAACUCGUAUUGAAGGACAAGGAAAAAAGUCCUGAGUCAGUCUGCAUUCCCAGAUUUGAUAUUUUCAUAUUCCAGGAAAAGUGUAUGACAGACGACAUUAGAUGCUGACUAAAAGACAAGGAAAAACAUCCACUUUCCUUUCUCUCUCGUCUUCCUUGUCCUUUCCCGUCCCCUCCCAAGUCCCCAUCUUCCGUUUCCCCUCUGUGUACUUUCGCCUUCCUCCAGUCUCCUGUGCCAAAGAUGCAAAGCACACGUCCACAGCGCUGCCUUCUUUAUUUUUCCUGUAUGAAACAAACACGGUUGAGCUUUUUGUUCAACCUCUAAAUCCACAGACAUCCUCCACUAUGCUGAUGCUUCCGAACAUGCCAUUCUCACAUUCUCCCCAUCAUUCGUUGAGUUUCUGUCAUCAGCAUUAUUGCAUCGUACCCUAAAGAACAGUGUAAUUUAUUCUCCCUUAUUCAUGUCCCUGUCUGUAUCUGUGGGAUCAGGCUGUUCCAUGGCCAUAGAGGGAGGCAGGACAGACAGAUAUAGACAGGUGGGUUGUGCAGGGUGUCGCCAGGGUCCAGUCUCUUGUCGUUGUCUGCCGAAGCCGCAGCAACAGCUGUGUUUGGCAGGUGAGCUUACGUAAUGCUUGUCGAAGGUGAACCGGAGCCACGUUGUCUCUGACAGCAUUCCAAACCCUCAGGCAAUCAAUCAUGAGCUUCGUCAGCUGAGCCAGUCAGGAUUUUAGAAGGCCGAGGCAGCCUGCAGACUGGUCCUUCUUUUCAGUUCACAGAAUGCUCUCGAAAUGAAUCCCAUUCAACUGUGUGCUACUUCAUCCAGCUUGAAUUGCUAUGCUACCAAUCUUGUCUGUGUUGUAGCUAAACUCGUAGCCCAAAUAAUUUGAAUAUUUAUUCUGUAUGUUGGUAUUCCUUUCUGCGUUUAGUAUUCAGAAUCCUCGUCUUUAAAUUAGAGCUUAAAAUAUUUCGUUUAGAUUGUUCAUAUAU